UCUCCCACUUCACUCUAGCACCGAGUUCGCGUUUUAUAGCACGAUAUUCAGGUAGUAUUAAUCUCUUCAUCCAUUUAUUAGACGGAUCACCAGCACGGACAUUUUAACUUCAAACACAACCUCCCACUCCUGUAGAAGACUCUCCACUUUACACUGCUUCCCCUCUCGCUUGGAGCGCCGUCGGCGCUCGCGAAAGACGAACGCCUAUUGGUCCUGCUCUCGCCGGGAAUGAUGGAAUACAGCAAAACGCCACUCGAGGCGCUUUUGUCGACGCAGAACAGCUGAGCGGCGCACGAUAUAGCGUCUACGGAGAGUUAAAGUGGUUCGUAAAAUUAGUGUUGAAAUGGAGGCUGCGGGGUGCUCGUAUGCGGAAGAGGCGUCGAGGAAAUUCAAUUCCCUCUCUGACGAACUGACGAAGUUGCUGCAUGGGCGUCGAGAGGGUGACAAAGAAUAUAUAAAUGCCUUAUUCGAUGAAUUAAAUGCAUUGAAUUAUAAACUGCCCAUCGUCACGAACCCAGAGAAGGCGCUGCUGCUGCUGCACCAGUGCUGCUCUCUGGUUCCGCCGGACGACACCUUUCUGGCGGCGAAGGCGAGCCAGCUGACGACGCGUCUGGUGGCGCAGGCUGCGAGGCGCGGAGUUCGGCCCGAGGGCGCGACGCUGGCGCGUGCGCUGCGCUGGACGACAGACGCACUGCGUUCUACCGCACUGCUUGCCACGCCCGACGUGCUAGCGGCGCUCGAGGCCCUGCUACGUGCCAAUGCUGCUCGCCUGGAGCGGUCGCGGUCGCGGCCGGAGGCUGCGGCGGCUGCGGGACCGGGAGCGGCGCAGGCUCCUGCGCUGCGAUGCCUGACGCCGCCGCCGGGCGCCGACGCGCGCCGCGACCUGAGAGCGCGCGCCCUGCGCUGCCUCGAGGCCCUGCUGGCGCCGUCUCCGGACUGCCCCUCCGCCGGCGCCGCCGGGGGUCGGGCGCCGCGCCCGGGCGACGAGCUGCCGCCUCCCGAGGUGCUGGCCGCUUGUGAGCGCGCUUUCCAGGAUGCCCUGCGCGCGCCGCCCAAUUACCGCGACCCCGACGACGCGUACAGCGUGCAGCGCAGCCAGACGCUGGCAGUGGCGCUGCGAGGGCUGCGCAGCGCUGUGGCGCGCACGCCCACCGCGCCCAACGACGAGCGCCUGGGCCAGAUGCUGGCGCUCGCCACGGCCUACCUGGCGCACGGGCUGCUGCCCCCCGGCUCGUACCCGCCGCCGCCCCCGCCGGCGCGGAUCUACCCGUCGUCGCUGCCGCCGGGUCCCGUGCCGCGCGCGCCGCCCCCCGGGCCCGACCGGCCGCAGCCAGCCAAG